AUUCUUCCCGCUCGCCCUCGGAGCCCCACCGCCCAGCCCCACCGCAGCCGCCCACUCGCUCUCGCCUGACCACCAGCCGCACCAGAGUGCACGCAGUGCCCACCUCCGCAGCGCCAGGCGCUCUAAUCUUUGGCCGCGCCACAGCCGCCGCCCUCUCGCCCGCUUCCGCGCACGCAUUCUGCCAGCAUGUCUGAGCUCGACACCAGCAAGGACCUCGUGGCGCUCUUCGAGGCGCAGGCGCGCGCCACGCCCGAUGCCGUGGCGCUCGAAGACGAGAGCAAGACGCUCACCUAUGCGCAGCUCGAGGCGCAGACAUGCGCCCUCGCGCUGCGCCUGCGCCGCGAGCACGGCGUUGGGCGCGACGUGCUCGUCGGCGUGCUCAUGGGCCGCUGCGCCGACUAUGUCAUCGCCGCCAUCGCAGCGAUGCGUGCAGGCGGCGCCUUUCUCGUGCUCGAGCUGGCGUACCCGGACCAGCUGCUCUCGGACGUGAUCAAGGACGCAAAGCCCGCCGUCGUCCUCACGCAGGCGGCGCAGGCCGAGCGAGUCAAUGCGCGCGGUCGCCCGGGCGAGACGCCGGUGCCCGUCAUUGUGCUCGACCGGCCGCAGAGCGACGCUCUCAGCCUCUCUGGUGCAGCCGCUGAUGGCGAGGACCUGCCGCACGAGACCGAUCUCGACCGCCUGGCCUUCGUCUCGUACUCGUCGGGCACCACGGGCCGGCCGAAGGGCAUCGCGAACCCGCACCGGGCUGCCGUCGGCUCGUACAGCCUGCGCUUCAACGUCUCGCCGCUCGGACCGGGCGACCGCGUGGCGUGCAAUGUCUUCUUCAUCUGGGAGAUGCUGCGUCCGCUGCUGCGCGGUGCCACGACAGUGGCCGUGCCGGACUCGGCGAGCUACGACCCCGAGGCGCUCGUCGACUUCCUGGCGCGCCGGCGCAUCACCGACACGCUCAUGACGCCGACGCUGCUGGCCAUCGUGCUCGCACGCAACGUCAACAUUGACGUCAAUGCGAGCGCCAAACUGCCGCUGCCGCAUCUGCCGCUGCCGGACCUGCGCUCGCUGUGGCUCAACGGCGAGGUCGUGACGACGGACCUGUACCGCCGCGCCACGCAGACGCUUCCGCCGCAGGUGCGCCUGCUGAACGUGUACAGCAUCAGCGAGUCGCACGAGGUUGCGGCUGGCGACAUUUCGCGCAUGAUGAUGGAGCUCGACCCCGACGGAGAUGGUGGUGCACGAACCACCAACGGCGGUGUGUGCCCCGCCGGCUACCUGCUGAGCCCGCAGCACGUCUACAUUGUCGACCCCGAUCUCAGCGGAGACCAGCUCAAGCUCGUCGAGCCCGGUCAAGGCGGCGAGCUCUGCAUCGGUGGCCCUCUGCUCGCCCGCGGCUACCUCAACAUGCCCAAGGCGACGUCGCAGGCCUUCCUGCAGGACCCCUUCUCGAAGGAGGGAGGGCGCCUCUACCGCACGGGUGAUUCUGCCAGAGUGCUGCCCAGCGGGCUCGUUGAGAUCACGGGACGCAUCGGCGGCAUGAUCAAAACGCGCGGCUACACGGUGCAGCCGGCUGCCGUCGAGGCGGCGAUCCUCAAGCAUCUCGCGGUGCGCGCAUGCACGGUCGUCGGACACGGCUCGGGUCUCGAGAAGCGUCUCGUGGCAUACAUCGUCAGAGACACCGAGGCGCCGGGCGAGCGGGUGGUGCCGUCGAUCGAGAUGCCGCUGGCGCGCAGCUCCGAGGCGCGCAAGGUGCUCAUCGACCACUUGGCGCACUACAUGAUCCCCUCCACCUGGAUCGAGAUGGACGAGCUGCCGACCCACGUUGUGUCGGGCAAGAUUGACAAGAAGGCGCUGCCUCCGCCGCCGAUGACGCGUCCGGGCACCCCUACGCCCGCCGUGGCAGCCGCCGUCGGCGCCCGCCAGAUCCGGCUCGAGACCAUCGUCGAGGCCUGGGCCGCCUCGCUCAACAUUCCGCAGGACGCCAUCGCCGGCAAGGACACGGACAUCAACUUCUUCGACCUCGGCGGCCACUCGCUGACGCUGGCUGAUCUGGCCGGCCGCCUCACGCGCGCCUUUGGCUUUCCCGUGCCGCUGAGCGCGCUUGCCGUCAAGGCUUCGCUCGAGGGCCACAUGGCUGCAGUCCGGGCAGCCCGUGACGGACAUCUGGCAGAGCUUGAGGCAGAUCUGCCCGCUGUGCUGCGCGCCGACUGCGAGCUGGCGGACAACAUCCGCGCGCCUGCCGAACAGCGCCGUCGCUCCCGCCUCUCUGAGGCGCAGGCGGUCCUGCUGACCGGCGCCACCGGCUAUCUGGGCGCCUUCGUGCUCAAGGCACUGAUCGAGCGCACCGACGCCACUAUCAUCUGUCUUGUGCGCUUCUCGCAGCCCUCGAAGAGCUGCGAGGCCGCCGGCAUGGCGCGCAUCCGCGACAACCUCAUGGGCCUGGGGCUCUGGCACGACGGCCUGCUGGACCGCAUCGAGAUCCUGCCCGGCAACCUGCCCCAGCUCAACCUCGGUCUGUCGCACCAGGCCUUCACCGAGCUGGCGCGGCGUGUGCAGGUCAUCGUGCACGGUGCGGCCAUCGUCAACCUGGCGUACCCCUACGGCGCGCUGCGUGCUGCCAACGUGGGAGGCACGCGCGAGAUUUUGCGCCUGGCGUCCAUCGGCGGCGCGACCGUGCACCACGUGUCGAGCAACGGCGUGCUGCCGGCCUCGACGUGCACCGCCGACGCGCUGCAGACCUGGCCCGAGGAGACGAACAUCGACGUCGACGAGGUCAUCAAGCGCAUUCCAGACGGCUACGGCCAGACGAAGUGGGUCGCAGAGCAGCUCGUGAUGAAGGCGCGCGCCCGCGGCAUCGAGGCCUCCAUCAUUCGGCCAGGCACGCUCGCUGGCAGCAGCACGAGCGGCGCGUCCAACCCGUACGACAUGCUCAACGCCCUCAUCGUCGAGUCUGUUCGUCUUGGCUACUCGCCCGAGAUUGACGGCUGGCGCUGCGAGAUGACGCCGGUCGACUUUGUCGCCGAGGCGAUUGCGGCGCUGUGCGACGAGCCCAACGAGAGCGCCGUCCAGCGCGAGCAGUUCACGUACCACGUCGGCGAUAAGGAACCGCUGCCCGCGUCGCAGGUCUUUGAGAUUCUGCGGCAGAUCGGCUACGCGACGAAGCCGCUGCCGUGGGACCAGUGGGUCGCAAAGUGGCAGGACGAGGUGGCGUCGAAGACGACGGAGAAGUUCGGCAAGUCCGACGCUCCCUUCACCACGUCGGUGCUGAAGGGCAGCCUGCCGACGGCCGACGUGCUGAAGGACGUGCCGAUCCUCGACGACACGGCAACGCAGACGAUCCUCAAGAACGUGCUCGGCGUCGAGCGGCCGCGGACAGACCACGCGCUGUGGCGAGUCUACGCGCGUCACUUCUACGCUCGCGGCUGGCUGCCGCACGCGCCCUCGCGUGUGCCCAACGGGCUGCCUGGAGUGGCCGCGGCACCGAAGGGCCGCCUCGCUGGCCGCGUUGCGGUGGUGACGGGCGCUUCGUCCGGCAUCGGAGCGGCGGUCGCAGUCGCGCUCGCCAAGGAGGGCGCCCACGUCGCGAUCGCCGCGCGCCGCCGCGAUGCUCUGAGCGAAGUGCGGCAGCAGAUCACGCAAGCCUCGGGCGGCACCACCAAGGUCCUGCUGCAGGAGACGGACGUCACCAGCAAGGCGCAGGUGGACGCACUCGUCGCGGCCGCCACGACGGAGCUGGGCCCGAUCGACUUCUUCAUCAGCUGCGCCGGCGUCAUGUACUUCACCAUGAUGGCCAACGUGCAGGCCGAGGAGUGGGACCGGACCGUGGACGUCAACUGCAAGGGCCUGCUGCACUGUCUUGCCGCGAUCGUACCGCCGAUGCUGGCUCGGGGCACGGGCCACAUCGUCGCCAUCUCGUCCGACGCCGGCCGCAAGGUGUUCGCCGGCCUCGGCGUCUACUCCGCCAGCAAGUUCUUCGUCGAGGCGGCACUCCAGGCGCUGCGCGUCGAGACGGCCGGCAGCGGCCUGCGCGUCACGUCGGUGCAGCCCGGCAACGUGGCCACGGGGCUGCUCGGCAUGUCGACGGACCAAGAGGCGCUCAAGAAGUACGGCGAGCCGUCCGGCGCCAAGGUGCUGGACGCCGAGGACGUCGCCGGCUCCAUCGUGUAUGCCUUGUGCCAGCCGGCACACGUGGCGGUGAACGAGGUCAUGAUCGAGCCGCGCGACGAACCCAUCUAGACUCCUAGUCACGCUGUCUCGUUUCUCCUGCGAAUAGAUUAGUCGAAGAGCGCAGCU